UAUACCUACGUAUCUCCAGCCGCCAGCCAUACCAAUUCUCGUCUCUCGCGCGAAAAGAACGGAAACCCUAAUUUUCGCUCGAAACCCCCGUGCACACACCCCAAGCUCGUCGAUCGAUCGCCAUGGCUUCGGCGGAGGCCGUCCUGCGCCUCGACGCCAACGGCACCCCCAGGACGAUCCGCCUCCUCGCCGCGCUCGUGGACUUCGAGUCGCGCCACUUCGCCGACGCCGCCUCCAAGCCGGCCGAGAACGACCUCGUCCGGGCGUUCCGCGGCGGCGCGACCCCGGCCGUCCCGAUCUCCGAGUUCCUGGUACGCAUCCAGCGUUCCAAUUACUUGUUCGACGGCGCGGUGUACGUCCUGGCGGGGGCCUACCUCGCCCGCUUCAUGCGCACCCGCGCCGCGCGCGACGCCGGGAUCCUUGUCGAGCCGGCCACCGCUCACCGCCUCGUCUCCGUCGCCGUGCUGCUCGGGGCCAAGUUCAUCAGCCCUAGGCAUUUCGAGAGGCGGGUCGAGGCCUUCCAGAUCUGCUCCGACAAGUCGAUCCGGGCUAGCGAGAUUUCCCGACUCGAAUUGCUCUUCCUGCGGGCUAUUGACUACCGCAUCUUCAUCGGCGCGGAAGAGUUCCAGCGCUUCUUCAAGGUCAUGGAGCGCGGCCCCAAGCCACCCAAUGCAAGCUCUGGAUCCCAAAAGAGGAAAGCAGAAACGGCCCCAGACCGGGAAGAGAAGAAGCCUCGCCGCUUGCCAGCAUGCCAGCCGCCCGCCGUCGCAUCUUAAUUACUAGGAUUUGAUCGGAGUUUCUUUUCCUCGUUGCAUCUUGUUGAUUGAUUCGUUUCUUUCUGCAUUGCAUCUUUUUGGUCAAUUUGUUUCUUUCACUAUUGGAUUUCUUUCUGGCGUCGAUUUCUUGUUUUCUCUGUUGCAGACUAGUGGGUUUCUCUGUUGCAGUUUUUCGAUUUAUUUGCUCUUUGGUUUCUUAAUUAGGAUUUCGAGUUACCUUCUUUAUAAAAAUAUUUUAUCGUUGCCUACUUUCUUAACUGGGAUUUGGAGUAGUUCCCUCAAAAAAAACUGAGAUUUGGAGUUACGUUUUUUAGUGUUUCAUGGUCGCCAAGUUUUUAUUCUUGCUUUGCAUCUUCUUCUUUAAAAAAAACAUUGCAUCUUCAAAAAAAAGGUGCAUCUUCUUUUAAGAAAAACAUUGCAUCUUAAAAAAGGCAUUGCAUCUUCUUAAAAAAACAUAUAAAAUUUUCUCAUCGUUUCUUGCAUAGUUGUUCGUUUGUUUUUUCCUCGCCUUUCUUCUCGAUCGGUUGUUUGAGAUUCACAUAUCUUUUUCUUUCUUCUUGGGUGAUAAUAUGUUCUCUCGCAUUGCAUAGUUUGUCCUUUAUUUGACUUUUCUCUGAAAUCGUUUCUUUUUCAUUUCUCGCAUUGCAAAUCAUUCUUCUUUCAAUGUUUUUUACUAAUUGUUAGUCUUGUGGACUCUUAUAAUUCUUAGCUUAGGUAUUAGGUCUAGUCUGGCCUAUUACGCCAAUUUUAUUUGCAAUUGUACACUUUAGAGUUCUUAUGUAAUGGU